UAGGUACUCUUCUGUGACCUUCACUUCCACUCCAUGGUGCGGCAUUGAACAGCGUUAUGUCCGUAUUCUAACUUCUACUGUAAAUUUCAUAUUUUUUCCUCAAUAGAACAAACCGCACACGGCAUGGCCUCCACCGCUCACCAACCAUCCAAUAGCCCAGUUCAGUCGUCGGACGUAGCAGACGCAGGGGCAAAGGGUGUACCCAAAGACAAUGGCAAACCGAAUGUGCCGAGAGAAAAGAGGCCUAACUAUGCCCAAAUACAUUCUCGCCCUCUCCCAAUAGAUGUCUAUCCAUUACCUGCCUUCAUCCCCCACAAUCCGCUUUCUAUUGUGCGAGUUGCGAUUGCUCUGAUAUCUCAGACGCUGUGGCCGCCAAUAUCACCCCUUGUCAUACACGAAGCUUACUUCUCAUCGCAAACCCUCUCCAUUCACGUGACCGAUCCGCAAUCCGUGCGCGCAUUAUGGGAACAAGGCUUCUGGGGCAAAGGUUCUCUCAGCCGCAGUGAGCCAAGAUGGCUAGACAUGGAGAAACGUAAACGGGGGUUGAAAGCGAUGCAGACAAGCGAAGAAUACACAGCACAGAGACGCAGAGAGAGACGACAGUUCAAGCUAGAGAGAGCAAGAUUGGAACGAGAAGCAAUUGAGGAGCAGAGAAGAGCUGAGGCCAGAUUGGCAGAGGCCAGCUCGUUAGACGCUACCGGAAAUGAUGCUGAGCCAACCACAUCUGACGGCGUUGUUCAGACAGAAGCGUUGAUAUCGAAAGUUGACGCUGCCAGUAUGUCCGAGCCAGAGUUUGUUCCAGCCGACGACGAUGUGACAAAAGAGACAGAAGAGGACUUGGUUGCUGAGUCCUCAGUUGAGGAUGGACCAUUUGAAAUACAAAACCAGGAACAUCUGCAACUCACUAUGGAGGAAGCCUUCUUCCUCUCCUACGCUUUAGGUGCUUUGAAGGUUGAGCGACAAGGCAUUCACCAAUCAUCAUCUCAGCUCUUGCGUCUGUUUUGUGCUUCUUCGACCUUCUCCACGCUGCAGAGCCCGCAGACGUUAGAGGAAGUUUUGCCACGUACUCCAAUCUUUGGCAACCCUAUUGCACCUGAUAACCCCUUUCUUCUCAAGUACGUAGUGUUCCACCACUUCAGAUCAUUGGGAUGGGUUGUCCGUGCCAACAUCAAAUUCGCCGUCGACUUCCUUCUCUACAACCGCGGUCCAGCCUUUUCCCACGCCGAAUUCGCCGUCAUGGUGCUGCCGUCCUACUCUCACCCCUACUGGUCAGAGACGACUGAACGGAGAGAAGAAUGCAAGAAGAAAGAGUCUCGGGAUUGGUGGUGGCUCCAUCGCGUCAAUCGAGUGCAAGGGUUGGCACACAAGAGCUUGAUGCUUGUCUAUGUGGAGGUGCCACCUCCGUGGGAUAAGGGCGGGCAAAGUCAAGAUGGAAAGCUAGAUGUUGGAGAUAUUUUGAAGCGAUACAAAGUUCGCGAAUUUGUUUUGGGAAGAUGGACGCCUAACCGUCACCGGGGCUAAGUACAUGGAGAAACCACAGUUUGAGAGCCCGCCGUUGGUUAUUCGCCGAAGGAACGU